GUUCUUCUAACAUAAUAGGGAUUCCCUUCUGUGCACUCCAAGAGAUGAGAAGAAGAAGAUAAAGACCGCGAAGAGGUCAUAUCACGGCAUUCAAGUUCUGCACAUGGAAUUAUAUUAGUGAUGAAAGUUCAUGUUAUCAUGGGUAAUAAAAAGUGAUCGCCUUCUAAAGUGGGUCUUGCCUGUCGUCAGCAUUGUUGAUAAAACAAAACAUUCAACAAAAGUGACAGAUUGAAUACUAUUUGUUUCUGUUUAUGAAUUCAUUUCGUAUUCCCAUAUCUAGUAUGCUCUUGUAGCGAAAAACUUGAACAAUUCUAACCUACUAUAACGUAGGCAUUUUCAAUUUGUUUAUGAUUAAUCAUCACACUGUAUAAUGAAUGUAUAACAAAAUCACAACAUUAUCAUGAAAUAACUGUUUAUAAUAAUUAUCGCGGUUUUUCUGUUCCACGGCAAUUCAAGUGUAUGCCAAUAAAAUUACAUUGUUUCAAGGAUCGGUAGAACUACUUUGUGAUUAAAACUACCGAAUUGUGCAUAUCGAAUCCGGUCUUUCACAAAACGGCAAUGAUCUCAAGGUGGCAAGUUGGUUUGGUCCUGCUGACAGUGUAUGGAAGUGUACAAUCUCUAGAAGGAAUCAUGAGAAGCAAUAAAAUGUCGGAUGAUGUUAUAGUUUCUAUACAAGAUGGUAUGAUAAUGGGAAAGUUAGUCAAGACAGUCGGGAAGAAUACGACAGUUUAUGCUUUCCAAGGGAUACCUUUUGCAGAGCCACCACUAGGAAAUUUACGAUUCGAGCCACCUGUACCAAAACGACCAUGGUCUGGCAUUCUGAAAUGUCAAAAGGAUAAAGACAUGUGCGUCCAAGAUGUCAACCCGGUUACUGGUUCAGAAGAUUGUCUGCACGUCAGCGUUUAUACGCCGAAUCUAAUUGGCAAUCUACCGGUGAUGGUCUACAUCUACGGUGGAGCGUUCAUAAUAGGAGACUCGAACUAUAAAACGUACGGCCCGGACUACAUCCUGGACGAGAACGUCGUUUUCGUCCAGUUCAACUACCGCCUUGGCAUCUUCGGCUUCCUCAGCACCGAGGACCUGGUGUGUCCCGGGAACGUCGGCUUCAAGGACCAGGUGCUGGCCUUGAAGUGGGUCCAGAAGAACAUAGGGUUCUUCGGGGGGAACCGUGCGAAAGUCACCAUUUUCGGAGAGAGUUCCGGCGCGGCUGCUGUCGCUUACCAUAUGCUGUCACCUAUGUCGAGAGGUUUGUUCAGGGCAGCUAUAAUGGAUAGUGGAUCUUCUCUCAGUCUCUGGUCGUUGAAUAGAAACGCGAAAGAGAUAGCAUUCCUAACUGGGUCGGUAUUAUCGAUACCCGCCAACGAUUCCAAAGUCCUCAUUACCGAAUUGAGACGUUUCAACUACACCUUUCUUCAACAAGUGUCCAGUAGUGUUUCUACAAUAGUAACUGAAAUGAAUCCUCUAGCAGGGGUAUACUUCGGACCAGUCGAAGAAACAGUGCACCCUGGAGCAUUUUUCACAGGUGACAGCGAGAAGAGGCUGUCAUCAGGGAAUUUUACUCGAGUGCCCGUCCUAUUAGGAGUUAAUUCGAAUGAAGCAGCAGCAGUAGGAUUCAUUACAACUUUAUGGCGGCUUUAUCUAACUGAAAGUCAUCCCAAAAUAUCGGCCUUGACUCCAGCAGAUAUGACAGAUGAACCCGACAAGAGAUUUUCUGCUGGUCUGGAAAUACGAUGUUUCUACUUCGAUUGUCUGGCGCUAUCCGCACAACCCGUUGAGAAGAUAGUCACGUAUAUGAGUGAUGACCAAUUCAACAGACCAACGAGGAGGGCGGUUAUAGAUUUUUCUAAGUACGUUCCCACUUAUAAUUACAUGUUCAGUUACGUUGGAUCAUUGGGAGGAGUUAGAGAACGUAUUGCACCAGGAGUAGGCCAUGUAGAAGAAUUAGGAUAUCUCUUCAGGACCUACUAUUCGAAUUCAUCGAUUAAUGAUAUACUCACUAGGAAACGGAUGGUGCGAAUGUGGACAAAUUUCGUGAAAUAUAGGAAUCCAACACCAGUGAAAGACCCUCUACUCCAGUACAAAAAAUGGCCGAUUGCUAAACCGAAUAGACUGAAUUACUUCAACAUAGACGUGAAUAUUUCCAUUGAGUCAAAUCCAUUCAAGGACAGAAUGGAUUUUUGGGAUAAUCUGUAUGUCAAGUACGGCAAGGGUAUAUAUGAUACCUAUUGAGUUCUUAUAUCAUUGUUCCUUCACUGUAUAUAGCUAGCUAAUUAAAUUGCAAUUCUCGACUGACUUAUUUAUUUUGUGAACAUGUGAACAUUGUCAUCGAAUGGAAUGAAAAUAAAUUAUUAUGAAUUCA